UGUACUGUCAUCCAUGUCUAGUCUGAGAACGCAUGUUACACGAAGGCUAGGCAGGCAGUGCACGUGCGCCUUGUGUCUUUGACGUACGUAGGCCUAGGCCUGAAGAACAGUGAAACACGGACGAUUACAACUUAAGACUGACAGCUUGCAUGAGUGCUGAUAAUUAGACCCAACUGAUCCAGUUUGAACAAUUUGAUUAAUAUCAUGGGAGACAGAGUACUUGUUCUUGGAAGUGGAGGGAGAGAGCAUGCCUUAGCCUGGAAGCUUGCCCAAUCAGAGCGGGUGUCUCAAGUUUUUGUGGCACCUGGUAAUGCUGGAACUUCCAUAACUAAGGUGACCAAUACAAAUGAUGUAUCAGCUAGUAACUAUCCUCAACUCAUCACCUGGUGCAAGACCAAUUUUAUUAGCUUAGUUAUAGUUGGCCCUGAAGCACCGCUUGCUGCUGGCAUCACCGAUGCUCUUACAUCAUCAGGUAUAGAUUGCUUUGGGCCAACGAGGGUAGCUGCUGAGAUAGAAUCAAGCAAGGAGUUUGCCAAAGCUUUCAUGGACAGACAUGGGAUACCAACAGCCCCAUGGAACGUAUUUGAUGAUACAGCCUCUGCAUGUAGUCACAUCAUGAGCUCCCCAUAUCGAGCCUAUGUAGUGAAAGCUAGUGGUUUAGCAGCAGGCAAAGGAGUGAUUGUCGCAAGCAGCCAAGAUGAAGCAUGCCAAGCUGUUAAAUCUAUCCUACAGGAUAAAAUAUUUGGAGGUGCUGGAGACAAGGUGGUAGUCGAGGAGCUACUAGAAGGGGAGGAGUUUUCUGUACUUGCAUUUUGUGAUGGGACUCAUGUUGCCCCAAUGCCUCCAGUUCAGGAUCAUAAGAAAGCAGGAGAAAAUGAAACAGGUCCCAACACAGGAGGAAUGGGGGCUUAUUGCCCAUGUCCACAGAUUUCUGCAGAUGUUCUUCAGCAGAUCUAUAAGGACAUCAUAGAGAAAGCAGUGACGGGACUGAAAGCGGAGGGUAGACCAUACAUAGGUGUUCUGUAUGCUGGCCUGAUGCUUACCUGUGAUGGACCUCGUGUCUUGGAGUUCAACUGUCGCUUUGGUGAUCCAGAGGCACAGGUGCUUUUACCUUUGCUUACAAAUGAUUUGUAUGCUACUUGUAAGGCUUGCACCACAGGAAACUUACCCUCUGCCCGCCCUAGUUUCCAGGACAGCAUGUUUGCAGUUGCAGUGGUGAAAGCUAGUGGAGGUUACCCUGGCUCUUGUAAGAAGGGAUUUGAGAUCACAGGUUUAGAUAAAGUUCAAGAAUUCAACCAGAUAGUCUUCCAUGCAGGCACUGCCAUCUGUGAUAAUAAGGUUGUGACUUCUGGAGGGCGUGUUCUAGCAACUGUUGCCCUGGCAAAUAAUUUGCCAACAGCUGCAGCUCAGGCUCUGAAGUUAGCGGAAAUCAUUCACUUUGAAGGAGGAUUUCAUCGAAAGGAUAUUGGAUUCAAGGGUUGUGAAUUCUUGCAGAAAAACAGGACAGUAAGCCAGACUGGUUUAACCUAUGCAGCCUGUGGUGUAGAUAUAGCAGCAGGUAAUAACUUAGUUGAUGCUAUUAAACCAUUAGCUGUUUCCACAUCGCGACCAGGCUGUCAUGCUUCACUUGGUGGAUUUGGAGGUCUGUUUGAUAUCACAGCGGCUGGUUUCAAGGAUCCAAUCUUAGUUUCUGGCACUGAUGGUGUUGGCACCAAGUUGAAGAUUGCCCAGUCCUGCAACCUUCAUGGGACCAUUGGUAUUGAUUUGGUUGCUAUGUGUGUCAAUGAUGUUCUUGCACAUGGUGCAGAGGCACUGUUCUUCUUGGACUACUUUGCCUGUGGCAAGUUGGAUGUGCAUGUUGCAAGGGAUGUCAUCAGUGGAAUAGCUGAAGGAUGCAAGAUGGCUGGGUGUGCUCUACUUGGAGGGGAGACAGCUGAGAUGCCUGGUUUAUAUGAAGUAGGGGAAUAUGACUUGGCUGGCUUCUGUGUUGGUGCAGUUGAAAGGCAGCAAACCCUUCCAUUCACAGCAGACAUAACAGUUGGGGAUGCUGUUAUUGGUAUUGCAUCAUCAGGUAUCCAUAGCAAUGGUUAUAGCUUGGUGAGGAAUAUUGUGGAGAGCCUGGACAUGGGUUAUGCAUCUCCCUGCCCAUUUCAAGACAACACAACACUUGGUGAGGCCCUUCUUACUCCAACUAAAAUCUAUUCCAAGUCCCUACUUCCAGCCAUUCAGUCUGGCAAAAUCAAAGCAUUUGCCCAUAUCACUGGUGGUGGACUGUUGGACAACAUACCUCGUAUUUUGCCUAAAACCCUUGCUGUCCAACUGGAUGCCAAUAAAUGGAGUGUGCCACCAGUGUUUGGGUGGAUAUCUUCCUGUGGAAGGAUUGGUGAAGAAGAGAUGGCACGAACCUUCAAUUGUGGAAUAGGAGGAGUAGUAGUGGUUCCAGGAGAUGACGUAGACAGGGUGAUACAGAUGGUGACAGAUGAAGGGGAAAAAGCCUGGGAUAUUGGCAGAGUGGUAGCUGCAUCUCCAGGUCAUGCCGCUGUGACAGUGUGUGGCUUAGCAUCAUCACUUGCAUCCUGCUACUGUGUAACCGACAACAGCAAACAACAAACUGAUGGCAUGGACAAGCUAAAAGUGGCAGUUCUGAUAUCUGGAACAGGUACUAACUUACAGGCUCUGAUAGACCACACUAAAGACCAGGCAGUCAACAGCAGAGCUGAAAUUGUAUUGGUUGUAUCCAACAAAGAUGGUGUGCUGGGACUAGCUAGAGCUAGGGAGGCUGGGAUACCAACGAAGGUGAUCAACCACAAAGACUUCAAGUCCAGGGUUGAUUUUGAUAUGGCUUUACAUGAAGCCUUGGUAGCAGCUGGUGUGGAGUUCAUUUGCUUGGCUGGAUUCAUGCGAAUAUUGAGUGGGGAAUUCGUGCAGCGAUGGAAUGGUCGUUUGGUCAACAUUCAUCCCUCAUUACUUCCAUCGUUUAAAGGCAUGCAUGCACAUCAGAUGGUGCUAGAAUCUGGCGUGCGACUUAGUGGUUGCACUGUUCACUAUGUUGUGGAGGAGGUAGAUGCUGGAGCUAUCCUUGUUCAGGAGGCUGUUUCUGUUCUGCCAGGAGACACUGUUGAGACACUCCAGCAACGCGUCAAGACAGCUGAACAUAUUGCCUACCCAAAAGCCCUGGAACUUGUUGCUGAUGGUUCAGCUUGGCUAGGCAGUGAUGGCAAGGUUGAGUGGAAAAUUAAAUAAACCAGCUUUUGAUCUGUAUUUGGCAGGAUGUACGUAGACCUUUUCUGCAGGAAUAGGUUGCUUUAAAUGUCGUUGCUGAUAUUGUUGAACAGGUUUAUUGGUUGUAGUUUAGACAUGAAACUAUAUUCUACAUACAGUACAUGGGAAUACUCUCCAUGCUGAAAACAAUGUGAGCUGCUCCCUUUAAUUAUGCACCCAGACCUGCUAACUACAUGUAGUAUGAUGUUGCCAUAUUUCGUACAGGAAUUUGUUGAAAAUGCCAUAUUUUUCCCCCGUAUCAAUAUGGGUUUUGACCAUUAUGCUAGAAAACGGCCGUGAGUGUAGACUACACUCAUCUACACCAUUAUCUUGUAAGCUAGGGCAUCCUUGAUUGGUGUGGGAUGUAACAGAUGCAUUGAGGACCUGGCGUAUUAACCAAUUGUAAGGUUCCAUACAAAAGGGCUAGGCAUUAUGAUAGAUGAACGGCCAUCAAUACCACACAGACCAUGCUUGCUACAGCUGAUGGCUUUAUUAUUUAGUUUGAGUAUGAAACAGUACUGGCAUGAAAUGAUUGUUUAAACAUGGUUGAGAAUACUCAGAGAAAUGAUGUUUCAUGCAGCCAUUCAGAAAGGAGAAAAUCGUGAAUGUUUAUGUGUGACUGAACGUAUAUUUUUGCCUAAUUCUGGAUUGCACAUGCAAAGAAUGUACUCAACUACACGUGCCUAAUUGAUUUUAUGGACGUCAGAGUCUUGCAGUUAUGUAAUUCGUCAGUAAAAGGUUUAUCAGUCUGUGCCUGUUUUAAGCCAUCACAUCAAGGUAAAAUUUGCCAAAGCAUUCAAAUGUACUAGAAUUCUGUUUCAUGAACUGAAUUUUAAUGCUGUCAGAAAAUCUGCUUUUAUGGUGGUUCUGGCUGUAAAAUGGAUUUGUUGUGUGAUGAGUUUUAUGUGCAAAGAAGUGUUGACCAAAUCUGAAGCUAGUCAAAGUAGUCCAGUGCCAGAAGUGGCAUUGGCACUUUCUACGAUGCUGCAAUAUUCCGAGUUGAAAAGCUUAAAUGUGGAAAAUAAUUUUGAAGAAGGUCUAUCUCUUUGACACAGUGUGGGUAUGGGUGAUUAAUCCCAUUUUACUUGAAUAGUUUUGAAAUGACUGUAUUAUCAUAAUUACAAAUCACCGUGGAGCACUGCAGCAACAUGAAACCUUUGUAAGCUUGUCGAUACGAUUAUCUUUGAAAAAUAAGAUUUUUAAUGACAAAUACAAUUUGUUAUUUUCAGAAUACAGUUUUGUGAUCCUAAAGGUUGGCAGGUCUGUGCACCAUGCAUAAAUAACGACAUGUAUGAUGAAAACUGCAUGUGUUUUUUCAAAUGCGGAUGUUUUCAGAUAUUUUUUACCAUAAAACAGAACAUGAAAUCAUGGUAGCUGGCACUGAAUUGGUGGAUGUAUGAUUUGUGCCAUGCAUAGUGUUGUUGCACACAAAUGGCCAUGGAGUUGUAGAAGACACACAAUAAAAAAAUAGCCCCACCUUCAUCCAAAGCUAGUAUUUGGAUAAACCCUAAAGAUUCUCAGCAAGAGUAAUACUGGGUUAAAUCCUCUCCUUCAAGGUGCAGUAGUAACUGCAUUAGGUAUGGUUAUGUUGAAUAGACUAUGAUGAUAAACAUACAUUACAAGUACAUUUAUGUUGAUAGAGACUAAGAUCCAACCAAACAUGAAUCAUAAAUGAAUCAUAAGGCACCAAAGCCACUUUUGAGAGAAAGACCUUUAAAACUAUUGCACAGUGCAAAUCAUUGGGCAGCCUGAACAUUUUGUCAUUCCCAUUUCAUUGUAAUGCCAAACUGAAUGAUGCACUGAUACAAAGAGCUCUGUUUUCUCCAUAGAGCUUUAUAUAAAAACUAGAGCACUAACUUCUCAUUCUCCAUCCAGAGAAAGUUUGACGUCGUCCAGGGCGCAGACAUUUUGAAUCCAUGUGCGUGCUUGUAGAACAUUCAAAAUUAGAUAGAAUGGAUAUCAAAUUAUGUAGUCUAAAUGCAACACUCAAGUACAACGUAGUUUAAAACAAAUGUUUCCCUAACAUUCUAGCAAGGUAGUCUGAUUUCGUAUGCAUGUCUUUCGAUGGCUGUCUUUCAAUGAAUAAGUUCUGCUAAAUUAAAAAGUCGCUCCCUCAAUACAGUCAGUGUUAAGUGAGUUGACAGGUACUGAUAAAUCCAAUUGAAAUAUGUCACAGCAAAAUUCAUGUGCAGCGCUUAUGCACACGCGUUCGUGUUUUUUGGUGCAGAGCAAACUGAAACGCUCAUUUAUUGAUUUUGUGUUCAGGUUGUUUGCUUAUUGUUUACAGACAGAUAUGCAAACAGCCGUACAAAAGCCAUACAAAAUUUCAAGUUUUCCCUAGGUUCAUGCACAAACAUACAGCCCAGCAGGCAUUACUUUGUGAGUCAGUGCUCUAUAUUUUAUAUGUAGCUCUAUGGUUUAUUUAAUUGUUGCAUAAUUGCAAAGUAUGACUUUGUGCAAUCCACUUGAGGAUUAGGUACCCUUAAGUAUGCACGAUAUGCUUUUUGAAAUAUUUUUUAGUACAGCACCGUGGCCCAUGUCACCCUAGACUGAAUUGUUAUGGUUUAGGACAAGCAAACUAGAAUUACUGAAAAAAAUUGCCUUGAGACUGAUUUGUUGGGAGCUGGUCACACUCUUUGUUUGUUGUGAUGUCGGAAAUAUUGAAUGCAGUAUUUCAAAAAUGUUGCAUUUCAAAAAUAUUGCAACUAAACAUAAGGAAAUGUCCUCAUUUUGAAAUUACACGUCAUUUUUUUUCUGUGUCAGGUUUUGUGAUUUAUGUCUCUAUAGUAUGGCAUGGGUAAAAAAAUUUGUUGUAUUUUAUCUCAAAACAUGCUCUAUAUUUUGUAUAUGCAGAAGGCUUUAUGUCUAAGACACGGAAUGAAUGAGAAUAUUUGUACCGGUAGGCCUACUGUGGUUUUCAUAAACUAUUGUUCAUUGUAGAGGGUUUCUAAUGAGUGUAGGUUGAUGGCAACAGUUUCUAAGACGUAGCAUUAUAUAUAAACGGAUAUCCUAUGGUCCUGAAAGGGUUGCAUUAUGAGCAAGAUUUUUGUGGGGUUUUUUUUAUCCGGGAAUAAACAUGCUUGGCUGGUCUCAAGGGAACAUGCUUUGUAAGUAUAAACCCUUCCACUAAUAAACUCUAAUGUAUGUGAGCAUGUGCACAAAUGGCAUGUGGAGGCGAAAAGCUUGAGCAGCCCAUUGAAUGAUUGAAAAUGUACAGGGGCAUAUACUUCAACAUCAUUUUUCUCUCAGCAUGUGCACUUUUUGUCACUUUCGUCUUUGGAAAAUCCUGUAAAAUCAUUAUAGCUGUUACUUUCUGGUGUGAGAGUAACUUUUGGAGGACAAAAUAAAAAUUUAGAAGAGGUCAAAAGAAACCAGUAA